AUGGGAAAGGAUCAGGCCAACAUCAAGGGCUGCCGCUUCCGCGUGUCUCUCGCCCUUCCAGUGGGUGCAGUGGUAAACUGCGCCGACAACACGGGAGCCAAGAACCUUUACAUCAUUUCUGUGAAGGGCUACCACGGCCGUUUGAACCGUCUUCCGGCAGCUGCUCUUGGUGAUGUGGUGAUGGCCUCCGUGAAGAAGGGCAAGCCGGAGCUGCGCCGCAAGGUGCUGAAUGCGGUCAUCAUUCGUCAGCGCAAGAGCUGGCGCCGCAAGGACGGCACCGUUAUUUACUUCGAGGAUAAUGCCGGUGUGAUUGUGAACCCCAAGGGCGAAAUGAAGGGUUCCGGUAUCGCUGGCCCCGUUGCGAAGGAAGCGGCUGAUCUCUGGCCGAAGAUUUCUUCCCACGCCCCGGCUAUUGUAUAG